GCCUUCACUGAAGCUCCUCCCCCAGCAGAUACGCAAGAAAUGCUGGAAUAUUUUCCCAUCAGCCUACACGUGAAGAAGAAAGCGUUUAUGAAGAACAUUGAGAACAUGAGUGAUCCCGAACCCUGCAGAAUAAAACAUGAAGAUACUGAAGAACAAAUAGACUUCAUCAAAGAGAAGGAGGAGACUGAAGACCUGAGUGAAGCAGAGGAGAAACCUCAUCAUGUCAAAUCUUUGAGUCACUCACAGACUGAGAAAUUUUUUUCCCUGAAAAGAAGAUCCAAAAAAUCUUUCACCUGCCUUCAGUGUGGGAAAAGUUUCAGACAUAAAAGAAACCUUAGUGAACACAUGAAUAUUCACGCUGGAGAGAAACCACACACAUGUGAUCAAUGUGGAAAGAAAUUCAGACAUAAAAGAAACAUUAAUGAACACAUGCAAAUUCACACUGGAGAGAAACCACACACAUGUGAUCAAUGUGGAAAGAGUUUCAGACAUAAAAGAAACCUUAAUGAACACAUGAAAAUUCACACUGGAGAGAAACCACACACAUGUGAUCAAUGUGGAAAGCGUUUCAGACAUAAAGGACACCUUAAUGAUCACAUGAAAAUCCACACUGGGGAAAAGCCACACACCUGUGAUCAGUGUGGGAAGAGUUUUGCACAUUUAAGUUCUUUUAAAUCACAUCUGAAUUCUCAUUCUGGAGAAAGACAAUAUAAGUGUGAUCAGUGUGGUAAAAACUUUUCUCUGGCAAAUUCCCUGAAGCACCACUUGAAAGUUCAUUUAAAGGAGAAGCCUCAUGUGUGCUCUUUGUGUGGAAAGAGUUUUAGUCAGCUGAGUUAUUUAAGAAAACACCAGCAAAGACACAGCAAUGUGAAGGAUCUUAAUGUGCUUUGAUUGUGGGAAUACCUUUAUUACAAGUGAUGAACUGAAACAGCACCAGAGAUUUAACACUGUGACAAGAGAUUCAUUUGGUCAGAGGCCCCUAGGCUGCUCUUUGUGUGAGGCCCCCCUUAAUCAUUAUGCUUUACUGGAGAAAUUCAUUUAGUGCCAUUACAUAGUCCACGCAAAUAGUAAGUUGAACUGGCAUGCACACUCACAUUGAGACAGCCAAUCUGACAGUGUUUCCUUUACAUUCCCAGUGUCCCCACAGGAUUUUGUGGGUGCACAUUGGUUGCUCAAGGGGGUUCCAGGGGUAUGCCCCCCAUAAGAAAAUUGUGUUUUCGAGGCGAGAUUUUUACACAUUUAAAAAAAUUCUCAAUGACCAAAUAGGCUACAUGACUGUAAAAAUAGUCUGCAGGUGCAUUUUGAAUUGUUUUAACUAAUCAUCUGGUAAUAAAUGUCAUUUCAGUUCUACUUUCUGAGUAUGAAUUAUCAUAUGCAGUAAAAUACAACAACAUGUACAUGUACAACACUAUGAUUUCAUUUGAGUCUCUUCAGACCUUAAAACUGUACAUGAAUUAUGAGCUUCUACAACU